AAAAAUUUCAAUCGUUUCUGAGGAUUCAUUGAAAAGUCCAUUAAAUCAAACAGCAAUGUACUCUAGAAACUCUGUGAGAUACCUCUCUGGAUCCAUCCAGGCUAGGGCCCGUACCCUCAAGUUCGGCUCGCUUGACUCCAUCAAGUUGAGAGAACCCAUUGUCCCCACACACAAGAACUUUGAUGUCAAUCCAAACCAUCCACUUUGGCAAUUUUUCCCAGAAGGUUCAGAGACUGAAACUUGUUUCAGACCUCGUGCGGAGAUCGAACAUAUCAAGUCGAGACCAUGGACCAUGGCCGAGCUCAGAAGAAAGUCUUUUGAAGAUUUGCACACUCUCUGGUACACAGUCCUCAAGGAAAGAAAUGCCUUGGGCCGUGAAAUCAGACUUGCUCAAGCUAUUCAAGAUCCAGACUUUGCUCAACAUAUUGAAAUCGAUGACAAGUUAGUAAAGGUACAAAAGAGAAUCAAGGUUGUUUUACUUGAACGUCAAACUGCUUUUGAAAGAACCCAACUCAUGCAAGACGUGCAGGAAAAAUACUUGGCUGAGUUCAAGCAAAGAUAUGUAGAUGCCACUGGGGAAGGCGAAGAAACUGAUGUUGAACUUGGUGAAAAAUUGGUUCGUUUACAAUAUGCCAUUUUCGGUAUUCAUCCUCAAGUUGCUGAUUUUGAUUUAGAAAAAGAUGUAAAUGAACGUAUGAUUCAAGGAAUUGCAUACAUUGCCGACUUGAAGUUUUCUCGUUACUUGGCAACUUCUGGCGACAAAAUCGAAGGUCCUUUGGACGGGAUUGUUGAACAAUUGCCAUUUUUCUUGAAGGAAACCGACGUUGCUGUUGAAGAAUUACGUGAAAUUAGAGAAAAUGGUGUACGUAAGUUGGAUAAGAUUGAAGUAUUUGCCUUUGUACGGAACGCUUUAGAAACUUUUAUUGAAGAAGAAGCUGAAGUAGAACAAUAGGUAUAAGAUAAGAAGAUCCAUAUAAGGUGGGGAACGUAUCCCGUGUAUAUAGCUAAUAGAGAAGAAGAAUAAUAGAACU